GUCUGUCUCCUUCAGUAAUCAGUAUUGCACUCCACACUUUCAGUAAACUAGAGAGAAAGAGGAGAGAGAAGAAGAACAACACUGAAACUCAAAAACCCCCCAAAAUCAAAAUCAAAAUCAAAAUCAAAAACCCUAAAAUCCAACCUAAUUCAUAAUCAAUGGAGAACGACGAAGAAACAAGUUCAGGUCAAAUGAUGGACGAGAUCUACGCCAACGGUGACGAAAAGCAGCGUCACAGACCAAUCAUAAGCGGCGAACAACUUGAUGUUGAAGCUUAUGCUUCUUUAUACUCUGGUAGAACGAAGAUCAUACGACUAUUAUUCAUCGCUGAUCGUUGUGAUAAUAACUCUACGAUGCGUCUUGAAGCCCUAAGAAUGGCGUAUGAUGAAAUUAAAAAGGGGGAAGAUUCUCACUUGUUUAAGGAAGCAGCACAGAGGAUUGAUGGUAGUUUGGGUCCCAGUUAUGGUGUGGAUUCUUCAUGGAUUGAAGCUGUUGAGCGACGUGCUGAACAGAGGAAAGAGAAACUUGAGAAUGAACUUAAUGCUUAUAGGACAAAUUUGAUUAAAGAAAGCAUUAGGAUGGGAUACAAUGAUUUUGGAGAUUUCUAUUAUGCUCAUGGGCAGCUUGGAGAUGCCUUCAAGAGUUAUGUCCGCACGCGUGAUUAUUGCACCACAGGAAAGCAUAUUGUUACUAUGUGUUUAAAUGCGAUUCUUGUCAGUAUUGAGAUGGGUCAGUUUUCACAUGUUACAAGCUAUAUAAGCAAAGCAGAACAGACACCAGAGGCCUUAGACCCUGUCAUUGUUGCAAAACUUCGCUGUGCAGCUGGAUUGGCUCACUUAAAGGCUAAAAAGUACAAACUCGCAGCUCGCAAGCUUCUGGAAGUUGGUCCUGAGCUGGCUAACCAUUAUUCUGAGGUGAUUGCUCCACAAGAUGUUGCAACCUAUGGUGGACUUUGUGCACUUGCUACGUUUGAUCGAACAGAACUCAAGAAUAAAGUUAUUGACAAUCUCAACUUCAGAAAUUUUUUGGAACUUGUUCCAGAGAUAAGGGAGCUCAUCAAUGAUUUCUAUUCAAGCCAUUAUGCAUCUUGCCUUGACUAUUUGGGAAAUCUUAAAGCCAAUCUGUUGCUUGACAUCCAUCUACAUGACCAUGUGGAGACUUUAUAUAAUGACAUCCGUCACAAGGCACUGAUCCAAUAUACAAUCCCUUUUGUGUCGGUUGAUCUGAACAUGAUGGCAAAUGCUUUCAAAACUAGUGUGUCAGGCUUACAGAAGGAGCUUGAGGCUUUAAUUACAAACAACCAAAUACAGGCCAGGAUCGACUCCCAUAACAAGAUUUUGUAUGCACGUCAUGCAGACCAGCGAAACGCCACUUUCCAGCGUGUGCUACAGACAGGCAAUGAAUUUGAUCGAGAUGUGAAGUCAAUGUUGGUCAGAGCAAAUCUUAUUAAGCAUGAAUUCACUCAGAAGCAGUCAAGAAAGAUAUGAUCUAUGAGCUUCUUUCUCAGCAAUGAUGGGAUGAUGAUAAUUUUAUGGAUUACAGGAGCAUUCUUUUGGAGGGUCAACAAUUUAAAGAAUUGAAAUGUUUCUGGUUUGCACAGUUCUUGUCUUUACUCAUUUUGUGCACUGAAGCAGUAGAUGCAGUUUAGAUAUUUGCUCGCACCCUUUUUGUUUUUGAAGACUUGCUGGAUGUUAUUAUGGAAAUAGAAAAGCUGAUUCACGGAUUUUUUUCCGCCUUUGCUCUCAUUUGAUCAUCCUUGCAGCAAUGACUGGCCAUUGGAUUAUGAAGAUCACUUGUCAUACAAGAAAGUGCUUGUUUGGUAGUGUUGCAUUUCUAUAUCAGGAAUUUGAGUGUUCAAUGUUAAUUAGCGUUCCUCUUAGCCGGCUGGUUUCAAACUUUUGAUUUGAACACUCAUAUGUAUAUUUUGUGUUCAGUUUUUCAUCCACAAAUAAGAAAUGAAUCAUUAGCAGCCA